AUUACAUCUAGCGCUCAAAUUUUUUGUUGGUAAUGCAUCUAUUUCAGCAAAAGCCGAAUUUGUAAUUAAUCAUAACAACUAUUGUAUAUUGACCAUUGAGGAUAAACAUCUAGUUAACGUUAGGCCAAGCAAUGACUAUGGGGAACCACAAAUAUUGGCUGAAAUUCUUGCUUUUCGUGUAAUUUCAACAUACGUUACAUUUUAUCAUGCUACAAUCCCUAUAGGAUAUUGGGAUGAACUUGGUAUAGGUUGCCCACGACAGCAAUCACUUACAAUUUUUAAAUGGCCAGGGAAUAGUAGUGAUCCACGUGUUGGUUUUGAUCUUACAGAACCAGACAGAAGAAGAAAUGUAUCAGAAUCAUUAUGCAAGUUUCAUCAAUCCACCUUAGAAUGA